AUGAUACGUCACUUUGAAAUUUUUACGGCAGAGCGUCAUCUUAUUCAAACUGCGUCACUUACUUCCCUGAAGGAUGUUAGACUUGGCAUAGAAGGUGUUCACUGGUUGCGCAAAAUUAUACAGUCGCUUGGGAAAGACUCUGUUACUGCUGCACUUGGUGGUGUUCCUAUAGGUCUAAAGAGUGCGAUAGAAAGAGAAUUAGAAGCAAUAAAAUCAUAUGGGAUACAGCCAUUCUUUGUAUUUAAUGGAUUAAAUGUGAUUCGUAAAGAUAAACCCUUUUCUGGUGAGGAUACCAGACCAUCCAAGAGAGCUCAAGCUUGGGACGCGUAUGAAAAGGGCAAAAUAGAGCAGGCAUACAGCGGAUGGUCGGCCUCGGGAUCUGUCAAUCAGCCAGAUUUGUUGUAUUUUGUAUUUAGUAUAUUGAAAGAGAACGAGGUGGAAUUUAUGCGAGCCCCAUAUUCUGCAUGGGGACAGCUGGUCUAUUUAGAGCGGCAUCAAAAAAGCUAUUUCCAUGCAAUCUACGGCGGCAAUGAACUGUUAAUGUACGAUGUAGAAAAAGUAAUCGUUGGGUUAGAUUUGGAGAAAGGCACCUAUUCAUAUCUUAGUAAGAAAGUCAUACUUUCAGACCUCCAAAUCACGGAUGAUCAAUUUCUCGACGUCUGUAUUUUGGCGGGCUUUGAGUAUUGUAAUACAUUCCCACCACUUAACACGGAUUUAGGCGGUUUCGCAUUCAAGAAUGUUCACGAUCUUAUCAAACAAUAUAAACACGGCUUUAAUGCUGUACAAAGUUACGCUGAACAUUCUUUGGUAGUAAAGAUGAAUUAUAUGGAUCUCUUCUGUCGUACUAGAUGUGCUAUUAAAUAUCAUCUAGUGUUGACAGAUGAGGGAAAGGUCGAACCACUGAAUGUUGACAAUGCGCCCAGUGACAUACAUGAAUUUAUUGGAUACAGGUUACCUGACGAGAUAUAUUACUAUUUGUCUAAAGGAUUGAUGUCUCCACAGGUUAUCAAUACGCUGAUAUCGGGCGUGUUAAUUGAAAAUCCUCCACUGUGCAAUGGUGAAACGCAAGAAUACAAACAAUUUCUUAACCAGCUACUCCAACUACGCACACAAGCAAUGAGUUUACUUACUCAGCCAUUGCAUCAGUUUUAUCAGUCGAGAAAAGUGGUUAGCAUAUAUUGGUAUGAACCGUCCAACGAUCAUCCAUUGCAACACAACGUGUUACCUAGCGUCCAUGAUACAUUGAGUACUUGGAAUGUAUUGGAAGGAGGAUUGGAAGAAGAGAGGAAAGCACAAAAGACUUCUACGAUUGAUAUUGCUUUUUGCCUAAGGGCAACUGCAACGGAGGAGCAAGCAGCGAGAACAAUAAUGCCUAAAAAUAAUGACAAAACUAUUAUUAGUAAGGAUGAAAUACUAGCGAAUGUUAUAUGGAGAUUAUUGCAAUUGAGAGGUUUCCUCACUCAAUCACAUACCCAAACAUACUGGGGUAUUGCUUUUCGAAAAGCCCUCGACUCGGCAAAACCAGGAUCAUCAUCACACCAAGAACAAUUACUUUCUGCUUUGGAGUUGAUUAGGUUUGGUUAUCUGAAUGCUAACACGUUCAGUCGAUCAUAUUUUGGCGGGCCAGUUGGCACUGUGUGGGCUGGACCUUUAAGUAGAGAACUUUUGGCCUUUAAUAGUUUUAUCAAAGCCCUGAAUCGCUCAUUGCGCAAUCUGUGUGAGAUGCUAACAUUGUCACUGUUCCUUAAUUCUGACCGUCGUAAAGAUCGCGGGGAUUACUUGGAGAUUGCUCUGAGCCUACCUUUCCUGACAGAUGUGAAUACGGCAAUGGGUAUAAUAACCAAGACAUACCUCGAGCAAACUAUAUCGCUGUCCAAAUUGAAUGAGGGCAAGGUGACGCAUACGCAUGUAUCGGAUGCAUCACGAAAGAUUCAGAACAUCUUUACGGCGUGUGCUGAUGUGAAGGCUGACCUGAUAAAUGGUUUUGCAUUUUGGGAUGAGCUGAUUGUUGCAUUGAAGCAACUGAGAGCGAGCGACUCUAUUUCCUUGGAUUUUGCAUCGCAGUUCUUUAAUGCCAAUCAAUGGCUUUCGUCUAGAAGACUCUAA